AAAAAAUAUCAAAUGAACAUCGUUUCCCUGAGCCAACACUACGGGAAUUUUGUGAUGAAAUUCAUCAAAAGACUUGCCCAUUGCCAAAAGUUUGCACAGAAAUUCAACGGGAAUGUAAAUCAUCAUUAGAACAAGCCUUACUUACACAUUUAGCAUCAAUGGAAUCUCCUCACGACUUGAUUGAACUUAUAAAAGAUUCUAAAAAACUGACAAAUGAAGAAAAUGACCCACCUCUUGGGAAAUAUAGUAUAUUAGGAAUUUUCGUUCGGCGUUGUUACAUUGAAAGCGAAAAAUUGAUGUUUGAUGAUAUUAGCAGAUUAUAUAAUGCAUUUGUUAAAUAUAAGACUGACAAAAUCGUGUUUUCGAAAAAAGGAAAAGAGAAUAUGGAUUUUUACUACAAGUCUGGUGAAUUCUCUUCCAUUCUUUCAGAAGUUUCACUUCGCUAUCAUAUGUGCAAACAAGAUCUUAUAGCCAAGUGUGAUGCAGAAUCCUUUUCACAUUACAUAAUUACUCAGCUUCGUAAAUAUGGAGGUAUCUUACCUCCCGAGCUUGAAAGCAAACUUCGAGUGAUACAUAAAAGAAUGCCCGAGAUAUCUACAAUAUACUAUAUUGAUUACGUUAAUUGUAUGCAAUCCGGCGAGUACGAAGGUGCACUAACUAAUUUUUACAAAUAUUCGAAUUUUUGUCCAGAGGACGUAGAGAACCGGAAUUGGUAUCAAUAUGUUUUGUUAAACUUGGUGGUCCUUCAUGCAAAAUUUGGACACAAAGAGCAAGCAUUAUUGGCUAUUCGUGAAGCAAUAGAAAUGGCUCGAGAAAACAACGAUCAAGAGUGCCUUCGUUUUGCAUUGAGUUGGCUGUAUCGGCUUAAGUCAAAUGAACCUACUACCACAAAACGGGUAGACGCGACUGAUCAACAGAUGCUCGAUUCACUCAUUAGCAAAGCUAAACAAUCCAACUUCAUCUAUCUGCAAUCACUUGGAGAGCUUGGGAACUCUCAACGUCAAAUUCAACAGGGUGCGUCACCAACGGAGGUUUUUGAAUCUUUGCUUCGAAGCUCUAUUUUGAAUAUGAAUUGCCCAUUCAAGACCAUGCGCUUCCAGGGGCAAUUAUUAAAUGCAAGUGUAUGGCAAAUUUAUGGCAAUGUUGCACUAUCUGCCUUAUAUUCAUCAGAAGUUAUCGAUCAUUCUGAUACUAGUCCAGAAGAUCUUGUAACUGCCUAUUGUCAGAUGGCGGAUCUUCAUGUUUCAUACGGUAAUUAUGAACAAGCUCUUAAAUUGCUUGAAGAGUCUAAAGAAAAGUUCCUUGGAAUACGUAGAGCAACUUUACAAUGGGUUGUUUGCUUGGAAAAAGUUUUGUAUCAAAGGUGCUUUGCAAGAGAUGAACGUGCAAGUAUUGAAGCACUAGAGGUACAACUUCGAGGAAGCUGUCAGGAUGACGAGGUUUUACAUGAUGACUUUAAUUAUAAUCGAGCUUUAUAUCUGGCGAGAAUUGACCGGCCCGAUGAAGCAAUGAAUCUUUUACAUGAGCUUAUACAAAAAAGCUCCAGAUUAGGUUCGCAAAAUCAAAUGCUAGUUGCCAAUUAUCAUCUUAAACUUGCUGAAAUCCGUAUAGACACCGAGGAUCCAACUUCAGCAUUACCCUACGUUUUGAGUGCCUUAUGCAUAAGUGAACGAUUUCAUCAUCAAAGUUGUUAUUUCAUGGCAAAAAUACGGCUUGCUCAGAUAUUGCUUCAUUUUAACUUGGCUGCAAGAGCAAAAACCAUGAUCGAAAAUAUAAUGCCUGUUAUUUUGGCAGAACACACCUUGCGCAUGCAGUCAGUAGGACAUUUCAUUUAUGCUCAAUGCCUUCUUGGAUGCAUUACUCUGGAUGUUAAAGCACAACGUGAACAAUCCAUACCAUGGAAUGACGUUUUAAUUCCUCUUCGCCGCGCACAAACAGGUAUCAUCAUAUUUCUGCUAGGUAUUCGUAAAUUUGAUUAUGUUUAUAAUUAUCUUUUUCUUUCUCCUUGA